GAACAACCUAGGGUCAAAGGGGGGAAUUGUCUGAGAUUUAUAAGUUAACUCUGUUAGAUUGAACGGGUCAGUCAGUGUUGUAUAUCCAAAGAGCAAACAUAUCAAGGAUCCAAGUUAUUUCAUAAGAAAAGAUUUUUCAAUAUGUCCGCCAAAAUGAUGUUACGUGACCAGGUUACUUCGAUUAUUGAUCCCUCGGAAAAGCUUCGACCGGAGCCAGUAUACGAUGGAAAAUUGAAAAGUAAUUUUAGAAACUAUAUCAUAGAUCCAACAGAUGAGAUCAAGGAACGUGUACGCAAGACUUACGAGAACAUGCAUACUAAUCAAACGGUCGAGUUUGUGCGUUCUCGUAUGAAAGAAUGGCUACAAUUCAACAAAGCCAGAUUGACGAUUAAAGAUGCUCUUAUCAAAUUAAAUGAUCUAAUCGAUGAAAGCGAUCCAGACACAAAUUUACCGAAUAUCGUUCAUGCUUUUCAAACGGCCGAAUCUAUAAGAAAAGAUCAUCCUGAUUUAGAUUGGUUCCAUUUAACUGGACUGAUACAUGAUCUAGGAAAGAUUAUGGCGUUCUAUGGGGAACCACAAUGGGCUGUUGUGGGUGAUACAUUUCCUGUUGGUUGUGCAUGGGCUGAUUCCAUAGUCUACAGGGACACAAGUUUUGAAAAUAAUCCUGAUGGCAAAGAUUCUCGUUACAAUACAAAAUAUGGAAUAUACAAACCUCAAUGUGGUAUAGACAAUUUAAUGAUGUCCUGGGGUCAUGACGAAUAUCUUUAUCGUGUUAUGGUUCAUAAUAAUUGUAAAUUACCUAAGGAAGCACUUGCUAUGAUUCGUUAUCAUUCGUUUUACCCCUGGCACGCUGGUGGUGAUUACAUGCACUUUUGCACACAGAACGAUUUGGAUAAACUGAAAUGGAUCAUUGAAUUCAAUAAAUACGAUUUAUAUACAAAAAGUGCCGGCGUACCGGAUAUUGAGAAAUUAUGGCCUUAUUAUGAGAAAUUGAUCGACAAAUAUAUUCCUGGGACGUUAGAAUGGUGAAUCGGAGAAUAAUUGAAAAACAAAAUGACACGAGCUACACUUAAUGAAUUAUUCUAUUUCUUAUUCUUUUUCUUUUUUGUUUUUGUUUUUGUACAUAUAUUCAUAUAUUUUUGCUUUUGAUUUUUAUAGCUCGGAUUUUAUUUAAGCGUAAAUAACAUAGAUAUAUAUAUAUAUAUAUAUAUAUAUGUAUAUGUAUAUGUAUAUGUAAAUUUAAGUUUAUCGUGAUGACCUACUUUUUUACUGUUCUGUUUUUAUUUGAAAUUUUUCGAGAAAAUGAGUUGAUUAUGGUUCGUUAAAGGCCACAGAAUUAAUCAUUUAAGAUCAUAGCGAUACUAAAGUUCAAUUAGAUGAGUAAUUUUCGUGUGGAUUGACUCACCUCGAAUGAAACUAUUACGACGAACGUACUGUUCGUGGGAGUUCGUUUAAAUUCAUUUGAAUUCGCGGUAAAGUUACAACGAUUCGAUGAAAUUCGCGGGAAAGUUUCAACCGAUUCAAGUGAAACUCGUUGAGACUGAUGAAUCCAAUCGACCGAUGAAAGGAUCGUUAAUUGUAACCUUAAAUACAUUUCUUUUUCCUUUCCUUUUUUUUU